AUGGUUUCUUCGCUUCGAAUUGUCGUCUGCGGAGACGAAGCAGUAGGUAAGUCCUCGCUCAUUGGCUCUUUCGUCAAGGAAGAGUUUGUUCCUGGACUCCAAGGUGUAAUUCCGCCAGUGACCAUCUCUAGAGAUGACUAUUCAGUCAGAGACUCAACUUCCGACGGUGAAUCGGACGGCGACAAACUGGACCUCCGCAGUGUAUCUAAAUACCUUCCCGAUACAACCGUGAUCAUUGAUACGCUAGCAUCGGACCAUGCUGCUGUCCACAAAGAAUUGAAGCAAGCAGAUGUCAUUUUAUUGGUUUAUCUGGACCACUACACUUACGAGCGGGUUUCGCUUUACUGGAUGCCUUUCUUCCGUGCCCUGGGAGUCAAUUUGCCCGUGGUGGUGUGUGCCACUAAGAGUGACUUACUGAAGGGUGUAGACAAGACCAUGGCGUCGUCAUCGUUCAAGCAACAGAACGCAGAGGAGUUCUUGCCUCUCAUUAACGAGUUCAAGGAAAUCGAGGCGUGUGUGCGUUGUAGCGCCAUGUCCAACACAAACGUGGUGGAGGCGUUCUAUCUCUGUCAGAGGGCGGUCACACAUCCAAUUUCGCCCAUUUUUGACUCAAAAGAGGGUAAUCUUAAGCCUGCUGCUGUGGCUGCAUUAAAACGGAUCUUUUUCCUAUGUGACGCCGAUCAGGACGGCCAUUUAAACGUGGAUGAACUUUCUAGGUUGCAUCAGAAAUGUUUUGGAAGAGGCAUUUCCGAGUCGGACUACGCUGACAUUGUCAAGAAGGUCAAUUCGGUGAUCCUCCCGGAUAUCAAUACUCGGGGCGAGAAUUUGGGCAUCUCCGAAAGCGGAUUCAUUAUACUCAAUAAAAUUUAUGCUGAAACAGGCCGCCAUGAGACAAUCUGGGGUAUUUUACGGGCGUUCCAUUACACCAACUCGCUUUCGCUCAACGAUAAGUUUCUCUUUCCCAAGGUGGACGUCAACAGCAACUCAAGUGUGGAGCUCAGUCCCGCGGGAUACAAGUUCUUCGUUGAUUUGUUCAUCAAAUUCGAUCGUGACAAUGAUGGUGGUCUCAACGACACGGAAUUGGCCAAUCUUUUCCUUCCCACCCCCGGAAUCCCCAAACUCUGGCAAGAAUCACAGUUUCCUUCUUCAAUUGUUCGAAACGAAGAAGGUUAUGCUUCCCUUCAAGGAUGGCUAGCUCAGUGGAACUUGACUACGUUCCUUGAUCACAAAACGACGCUCGAAUACUUGGCCUACCUUGGUUUUGAUGACGGAAACUCACUCAGGGCCAUUCGAGUUACUAAACCUAGAAAACACCGCCAAAAGCAGGGCAAGAUCUACAGAGGAAGUGUCAACGACAGAAACGUGUUCAACUGCUUUGUACUUGGGGCGCCCAAAUCAGGUAAAACUUCACUUCUCGAGCUGUUUAUUCGUGGUACUUACAGCGAGGUUUAUCUGCCCACCAUCAAACCUCGAAUUUGCGUCAAGGACAUUGAACUUCGUGGAGGAAAACAGUGCUACCUCAUUUUGGAGGAGCUCGGUGAGUUAGAACCCGCAAUUUUGGAAAACCAACGGCGGCUUGAACAGUGUGAUGUCAUCUGCUAUACGUACGACUCUGCCGACCCCGAUCUGUUCCAAUACUUGGUGGAGUUGCGAGAGAAGUAUUCCAAGUUUCUCGAUGAAAUUCCCUCAAUUUUCGUUGCACUUAAGGCAGAUUUGGAUAAGCAGCAGCAACGGUCGGACAUAAAGCCAGAAAACUACACCCGAGACUUGUUUCUCAAUUCUCCACUUCACAUUUCCAGUGCGUGGACUACUUCGCUACAUGAACUUUUUAUACAAUUAGUGGAUGCGGCAAAAGUUCCCAGCACCGCUACCCCAGGACUAGAAACACAGACGGACUCUUCAAAUAUGGAGGAUUUUAAGCAUGUUCUUGUUGCUGGCGGAGCCAUAGCAGUAAUGGCUAUAGUGUCAGUGUGGAUUUGGCGAGGAGCACGAACCGUUCGUUAA